GCUUUUAUUGGAAGAUCCUCUGAACAUUAGAACUAAAUUAUCGAUUCCUGCUUCUAGUUUUAGUUCUUCGUAGCUACUAAGUUUUUAUGUCAAUCUAUGAAUCCUAGUUCAACCAACUAUCUCAUCAUAUAAUCUAAUAUGAUUUACAACUCUUUUACAUUUAUAAUUACCACAUGUGUUGUUUGUGGAUGUUUGUGAUGUAGGAGAUUUACCUUGUGUUCGCCUUCUUUUAGGUUUGUUGUACAUGUGUUCCUUGUACAUGUCCACAUCCACACAUCUAUUUAGUUGUGCGUAUAACAACGCUUACCUGCACUACACACUUCUUAAUCUGACGAUCAAAAGUGAUAACAAAAAUCAACAACAACUCCACAUCAUUAAUUUUUGGAAACACAAUUAUCCACAAGUGAGUAUUUAGCUUUUUUGGCCUUCAUAAUGCCUAAAGGAAACAAAAAAAAUUUAACCUAGUUUGCUCCCUCUGGCGCAAACAAAGAAGAUCCUGUCUGUUUCCUGUUCUUCAACGUCGAGAAUCAAUGUGCAUUUAUUUUCACACCCAACGCUCACACAACUUUUAAAUCUCACCGUUUGAUUUAAAAUUAAUUUUUCCAAUCCAACGGUGUCAAACUAAAGUGUCACCAUGUUGCUUUAUUGUUUACGAACCGGCCAGACAGCUAGCAACCGGUUUCCUAAGCGGACAACAUCUUCUCUAUAGCAACUUUGAGGGCAGAAAUGUCCAAUUUCCUUCUUGAUCCAAGAUAUUGUGCCUUACAAGCACAUUGUGUCUCUAUAUGUAAACAAAAGACAUAAUGUGUCCCAUACGGUAAUCAACUCUUAAUCAUCUUUCAUCCUUGAAUUUUCAACUUUUAGCAGGAGUGAGAGUCUAAAUGAAAUAAAUGGGCCAGGCCAUAUAUAAUGUAAGAGUCUUAAUAUAUCCAUUUAAGCCCGUUUUGAAUUAUACGUCCGAAUCCACACUUCUGCUCUCAAGAGUCUAAAUCCAAAGGUUUGCUUUCAAAAACUUGAAAUGCUCUAAGGGCGUUUCAACAUUUUCAUAUUGCAGGUUUUGUAGCACUUAAAUAAACGAACAAAUCAUACAUGCUCCAUUUGUUCAUCGUUCAACCACUACACAAGCAUACACAUAUUACAUGCAUCAUUCAAUAUCAUACGUACAAAUCAAACAUGCAUCAUGAUAUCAUGAAACAGUCAACGAUGAUAGCGUAAAAUCUGUGUAUACAAAUCUUGAUCACCAAUUACAUUUAACGCUAUUGAUUUCAAGAUGUUUAAGUUUUAAGAGAGAGUCAUCAUGCAUCAUUAUUUUUACGCUAUCAUCGUUGACUGUUCAUGAUGAUUAGGUAUGUUACCAAAACUAAAAACUAGUAUGGUGACUAGAUAGAGUUGUAAUAUGGCAACCGCUCCCUGCUUGUUUUAUAAGACUAAUCUAUCAUUUUCCUGUUAGGUAGAACAUUAUGAUUGACAAAUUUUUAUAUAAUUAGUAUUAACAAAGCAAGAUUAAUAUAUUCUCGAAAGUCAAUAAAACUAUAAUGCAUUUGAUUAGACAUAACGCAACCGAUAAAACGGUUUUGUUAGCUUUCUAAUCUGCUGUUACUAUCCUUUUAAAUUCAUCUUUAAGUAAAUUAACAGUCUUAAUUAGGCAAUGGUGUCUAUGAACACACAAGAACAACGAAACAUUGCUUGGAUAUGAAAGCGAUGCACAAGAAAGCCCAUCAAAUCUUCACAUGCGCUUUAAUUAGGACAAGAGAGACAAAAAGGGCUGUGGCCGUGAGAGAAGAAUCCUAAGAAACUAUAUACUUCUUAAUUAUCCACAGUGUUCGUCGUUUCGUCUGUUGUCAUGUGUAAAAGUAGUAUACAAGAAUCGUUGUCUUUUUCUUAAUUUUGUUUUAAGAUCUUUAUUGCUAGCAUAUUUGUUAAUGUCUUUUGUCUUUUAUCUUGGCACUACUAGCUGACUUUUAACUAGUGGUUUUAUUCACGGCUAUUUGAGGAUCGGUAAUCUAUUUUUACCGAAUCUAUUUAAUCUAAGAUUAUAUGUAGUUAAACCCACGAGUAAUAAGGAAUCAAAUGUAAAUGAUAGAUUAAUCAUGAUACGAGGCUGCAUUCUCUUUCAUUUUAUUGGAUUAGGUAAAAUCAUAAAAGGAUAUCACAACUACUAUAUAAAAUUGAUGAAUGAGUAACGACGAGAACAAUAUAAAACCACAUAUAAUGGAUCCACACACACACGUACGUAUCUAAUUUCGCAAAGGGAAUACAGUUGGUGUGGUCCAAACAAGGAUCAACAUCGUUGUUGUAAAUAUCAUAAUGACAAUAAUUUACACAUGUCCAAAUAUUCAUAAAUGGAAUUUGUCAAUUGUGAAACUCCGUUCGGCACUAUUCCUUUUUAAUUUAUUUUUAAAACAUUUUAUCAAAAUCUUCUAUCAACUAUGUACUAAUUAAAUCAUAUAUAAACACCAUAUUAAACAAAACGAUUAUACGGUAAAACAUACUAAUGAAAACCAUUGUUUGCACAAUCUCAUUCUAUUGGAGUUAUAUCUCUUUUGGUAUAGUCCAGUCCAUAUUUCAUAAAAUGAUAACAUACUUCACAAAAUGAUAAAAUGAUCGAUCAAACAUGUUUUGAUUCCACAUUUUUAAUCAAUCACAAGAUUUUCCAUUACUACGACUAAUAAACCUUUCUAAUUGAAAGAUAAUAACCCUUCUCAGAAUACAAAUCCAUCAUUCUCCUACACACUAUAUUUUGAUGUUAUGUCAACCAACUUCACCUGUUAGUUCUGCAAUUUUAUGCCAUUUAUCGACCUUAGUGCUCACAGCGUUAUUAUUGGAAAAAACAUUUAUAAUGGUUUGAAGAAGUUACUAAACAAUAUUUUUACUGGGACUUAACACUGACUAUUUCAUAAAUAACGGUGAGUCAGACCAAAAAGAUAAAAUAACGGUGAGAAAUCGACGAGAUUGCUCUUCACGACACACGUGUCGGCGAAGGUACUCACUCGGACAACUUGGCUCUACGGAGGACCAUCACCUACCGACACCGACACAAUUCCCCAUAUCAUCAGCCAAUUCAUUAUUACAUUUAACCUGUCUCUGUCUCUCUAAAAUAUGCACAUAGUCAUAUAGUACUAUAUAGUUACAAUCACAUACAUUUACCUGUAUAAACGGUACUACGAUGGUUUUGUAUCCACAAUAAUACGUUAAUGAUGGAACUUUAUCGGUUUUCUCUGCUUUAAGUAAGCUGAGUUUUUGUCGUUUAUAAUAUAAACUUUUGUUAAAAAUUGAUGCCAAUUGUCAAAUUUCUUAAUCAAAGAAUCUGUAUAUUUUCCAAUUGAGUAUUUUGUUUUCUGGUGGGAAGUGGGUCUACUACUAAAUGACACAUUUUUUUUAACCAUCUACUCUCGUGCUUCGAGCUUCUGUCUCGUGAGUUUUUAUUAUAUUAUAUUUUCAUUAACAGUGGAGGCAGUACUCGGAGUGAGUCAGGUCAGGUACCAUCACUAGUAGUUCUUUACAUCUGCACUAUCUCUUUUCCUCUUCUUGCAAGCAUUGGAUCGGAUUCUCAAAAGAAGAGGAGAAAACAAAGAGAAGAAGAAGAAGAAUGGAGAAAGAGAUUUAUACAAGACAUCUAUCAAGAGAAGGGACAGGAUGUGUUUGGUUGUUUAUGAACAUGUUUGAUCUCAGGCAUGGUGGAUCUAACCAUAAGCUUUUGCUGGAUAGGAAACGUGGAAGCAAACGUAUCACAGGUACUGAGACUAAGGUAGAGAAGCAGCUUACCUGUGACUGUGACUGUGAGAAGAGUGUUAAGAAACUCAUUGAAGAGGAGAUUGAUGAGAAGACUCACCAAAAGUGUGAUACUACUGAAUGCAGAGGAAGGACAAAGGCAAGAAACAAGAAGAUGAGAAGUAGAACCUGCAGCAAAACCAAUGAGGACAUCAAUGCUUUGAUCACUGGUGAUGAUGAUCAUGCAGAGAAGAAACCAGAUGACCAGUGUCCAAGAACUUCUCAGAGCGAUGCUGAUUCAAUAAAUAAUGAUGAUUCCGAAGAGAAGUUCAGUGAGUUGAUAAAGCGUUUGAUAGCUCAGAAGGAAAGCGAGGUAGAGAGCUGCAAGAGCCUUGUGGAUGAUGAUGCUAAAGAAGAAGGAUCAUCAUUCCUAAACAUUGCUACUUCACCAGUUUCUGAAGAUUCUUCAAAUGAAAGCAGAACACAAACAAUUGUAGUAUUGAAGCCUGAGCCAAGUUGUUUUGAUCUUGUUUCAUCACCUGGAAGACAUGCUACAAGAAACAAGUCCAAGAAAGAAAGAUUCGGUUCUCGCUUCACUCUCAGUAGAAUCAGAAGAAGGCUAACAUCUCCGAAGAAUCCAUGCAAUGCUCAACAUGAAUCUGAUCAAGAUCCAGAUGCAUUGUCAUCAUCCAACAUGAGUCAAAACUCUUGUUUGGAAGAGGAGAUAGAUACUAGUUCCAGGCGACAUGAUGUUUCAGAUGGAGAAGUAUUGCCUGAAGCUAAUAAUGAUGAAGGUUCAAAGAAGAGUAUGUGUGGGAUAUACAUUGCAGCCAAGAAACACCUCUCUGAGAUGCUAGCGGAAGGAGGCAUAGAUGUUGAUCCAGAUGAUAAGGAAGUGCCAAGAAUCCUAGGGAAGAUUCUUGCUCUCCCUCAGUUCUCCACACCAGAAAACAGUCCAAGAAUUUCGACAAUGGCUCAUGAUGUUGUUGAACAUCAGAUAACCGAGAAACCGAAUAUUCAAGAAAGCAGUUCAGAAGAUUACUCUGGGACACUUGGGUUGGACUCAAACAAACAUGAAGAAACAGCUUCUACAGCAGGUCUUGAUGAAGACAAGUUUGAAACUCAUGAUGAAAAUGAGAAUACACAACCCUUGGACAAGGAAACAUAUGAAGAGAAACAUUCACCUUGUUCACCACCAAGUUCUUCAGUAAAAAUGUCUGAGUGCCAAGACAAUGCCACUGAUGUGCCAGGAAAAUCAAGUCCUGUGUCUGUUCUUGAGCCUUUCUUUACAGAUGAUGACACAAGUCCAAGCACCUCAAGGUUCUCUUCAGUUGAAAUGAGGUUGAAACCUCUGUGCAUAAGAUUCGAAGAACCUGACUCUCCAAGACCUGAGAAAGACAACAAUGCCAAAACUGGAAUGGAUGAUAAAGAACUGGCACUUGCAUACAUUCAAGAAGUGGUGACAUCCUCAGAGUUAAACUGGGAAGAGCUUUUAGCCAGAUCUUUUUACUCAGAGCAGGUUCUUGAGCAGGCUCUAAUGGAUGACAUAGACUUCUGCUCCACAACCUUCUGCAACGAUAAGAAACUCCUCUUUGACUGCAUCAAUGAAGUUCUUAUGGAGUUUUGUAGGCAUGGUCCUUGGAUCUCAUUAUCCAAACCUGCAGUCCGGUUUUGUGGUCCAGACAUGGAGAAUGCUGUUGAAGUGGUGCAAGAAGAGGUUUACUGGCAUCUCUUACCUUUGCCUUCUCCUCACACUUUGGACCAGAUAGUGCGCAAAGAUCUGGCUAGGACUGGAUGCUGGAUGGACCUCAGAUUCGAUAUCGGCUGCAUCGGUUAUGAAGCAGGUGAAUUAAUCCUUGAAGAACUAUUGGAGGAGAUUAUCAGCAGCUUCACAGACUUGUUCCAGUAAACAAAACAUCAAUGCACAUGAUCAUCAAGAGGCUCCUUUGUUUACUAUGUAUAGUUUCACUUCCACUUCCAUGUAUAAGCACUAGUUUUACUUAUUGUGCAGAUACAUACAGUCACAGCUUUUAAUACCCCCCAAAGACUGUAAAACUCUUUUUUUUUUCUGUAGAGUUAUGUGUUCUGUUGUGAAUGUUAAGCUGUAUGUUGUUGUUAUAUGAGGAUGAAUAAGAUGAGGCUUGAACUU